AUGUUACCUCACCAAGCUCGACUAGACCAACCCACGGAGGGAGGGACACGCACACCGCAAUAUAACAUAUCCGAGUCGGCUCCCGCGCAAGGAGAUCUCAACAACACUUCGUCAAUGCGUCAGAUCGAGAAACUAGGCGUGAAUGAAGACUUCGCUUAUCGGUCCCUCGAGAUCCCGACUGAGGAGGACGACCCUGAGAUAGCAGAAAAGUAUCGUCCUUUCCGUCUCGACGCCGCCGUGGCAGCCGAGGAUUGGGUUUCGAAGCUGGAGCUGGCCACUGUGGCAGAGAUGGCCCACGACGACAUUGUCAAGACCGGCCAGCGGCUGAAAGUGCUGGUACUAUACGGUAGUCUAAGACAACGCUCCUACUCCAAAUUGCUCGCCUUUGAGAUUUCUCGCACUCUCUGGCGUCUUGGCUGCGAUGUCCGCGUCUACGAUCCUUCCGGUCUCCCCAUGAAAGACGAUGUACAGCAUAUGCACCCCAAAGUCCAAGAACUGCGCGACCUGAGCCGAUGGAGCGAUGGUCAUUUCUGGAUCUCCCCCGAGCAGCACGGGAACUUGACUGCUGUUUUCAAGAAUCAGAUUGACUGGAUUCCACUCUCGACCGGCAGUGUUCGACCCACACAAGGCCGCACUCUAGGUCUAGCGAUGGUCUCAGGAGGCUCGCAGUCAUUUAACACUGUGAACAACCUUCGUAUUCUCGGUCGCUGGAUGCGAAUGUUCGCCAUACCCAACCAGUCCUCGAUUCCGAAAGCCUACACCCUCUUCACUGAAGAGACCGCUAGCGAAGGAGGAUCAAGGCUGAUAGAAGGAGGCAACAGGGACCGCGUGGUUGAUUGUGUCGAGGAGUUUGUCAAAUAUACGAUUUUGAUGCGCCCGCAUUUUGGACUCAUGGGUGACAGGUACAGUGAAAGGGAGGAACGGAAGACCAAGGAGGCAAAGCGAAACGCGUGA